AUGGUGUGGACGGUGCUCAGACGUCUGACGUUCGAGGGCGGUUCGCAGUCCUCCUUUGGCUCGCGGAGACCGGUCCACGGGCUUUGCGGCGCUGGACAGCCGCCCCCUGGACCCCACUGUCUCCUGUUUCAUCCACAAGUACCCGGACAAAACGACUCGCCGGCCGGCACGAUGGACGGGACUCAGCGUCGUCCAGGAGGGCGAGCCACGUUUCUGUGGGCCACCAAGAAAGGAGGCGGCAGCACGAAGAAUGGACGCGACAGUCAACCGAAAUUCCUCGGCGUAAAGAAAUUCGGCGGAGAAUUCGUCCUGCCAGGACACAUCCUCGUGCGGCAGCGUGGGACUAGAUACAAAGCAGGCGACGGCGUGCGUUUAUGCCGAGACGAUUCCCUGACGGCCGUCCGGAGCGGGUUUGUCGAUUUCCUGCCAGUGUACAAGUUUGAGUAUCACUUCAAAAAACGGCGCUGGCUUAAAAGACACCGGAGACGCGUCCACGCCGGUUUCUUGGUUUCGGUCCUCGACAGCAUGGAAGAAUCGCGUAGCCACCAAAAACGACAGGAGUUGGUCCUUCUGCGCACUUUGUCUUCUUCCUGGAUUGGCGGUCAGGCAUUCAGUCCGUCUGUUCCUUCGUCAGAGCAGGCGCUGGUCCACAACGAGGGCCAGGAACCCGGGAUCGGCGCACUGCCGGUCCACGAAUUGAUGCAGGAGGAAGGACAGCAACGACGCGACGUGGCGGGCUCCCCUCAGGCGUGCGUCACAGACGCGGUCGAAACCGACGAGCAGAGACAACCUGCGUUCAAUCCACGGCUCCUGCCUGGAGCUGCACACAUCUGA